UCAUGCUUUCGAUUCGGCGGCCGAGGGAGAAAAAAUAAAAACCCUCGCUUAUAUACAUACCAUCGCACGCUUUUGAGUUUUGGCUGUGGACCCGAACCAUCUUCGAGCGCCGAAGGAGAGAAUCCGCAGCGAUGUUCGGUUCUACAAGUUCUUUUGGGCAGUCAUCAACGAGCCCGUUUGGUUCACAAUCGGUGUUCGGGCAGACAAGCAGUGCUAGCAGCAAUCCUUUUGCACAGAAACCCUUUGGUAGUCCAAAGCCUUUUGGUUAUGCGACAGGGAGUUCAGUAUUUGGUGGCACAUCAACUGGUGUCUUUGGCCAGCCUUCCACACCGGCAUUUGGUGUUUCAUCAUCACCAGCUUUUGGAAGUUCAACACCUGCUUUUGGAGCAUCAUCAACUUCUGCUUCCCUUGGUGGAUCCUCUGUGUUUGGGCAGAAGCCAACUUUUGGAGGUUUUGGAUCAACUGCCAACCAGACAAAUCCAUUUGGGCAGCAGACACAGCCCACAUUUGGAAGCAACCUUUUUGGUUCAGCUACACCCUUUGGUGCAUCAAGCCAACCUGCAUUUGGGGCUACCAGUACCCCAGCUUUUGGUUCAACAAGCACCCCUGCUUUUGGUUCUACAAGUGGCCCUGCAUUUGGUGCUACACCUACUCCAGCAUUUGGUGCCACAACUGCGCCAGCGUUUGGUUCUACAACAUCACCAGCAUUUGGUUCUACAGCAACUCCACUAUUUGGCAGUACUGGAGCUGCAUUUGGGGCAUCAAGCAACCCUGCAUUUGGUUCCACUGCUAUGCCAGCCUUUGGUACUCAAAGUUCCACAGUGUUUGGAUCUUCAAACACUCCAGCAUUUGGUGCAUCCACUACUCCCACAUUUGGAUCUUCUACGAUACCUGCUUUUGGUGCAUCAACUACUCCUUCCUUUGGCUUUGGCUCCUCACCAUCUUUUGGUCCAUCAUCUUCUGCAUUUGGCAGCACUCCAUUUGGAACUACUCCAUCACCUUUUGGUGCUCAAAGCUCCUCGUUUGGUUCUCAAACAGCAACACCUACAUUUGGUAGCCCGAGUUUUGGACAAGCAUCAUUUGGGGGCCAACGUGGGGGCAGUAGAGUAGUAGCUUACAACCCAACACCUGAGACUGAUGGCACUAGUGGUACGCAAGCUGUUGGAAAGCUGGAAUCAAUAUCAGCUAUGCCUACAUACAAGGAAAAAAGUCAUGAUGAGUUGAGAUGGGAGGACUAUCAGCUUGGGGAUAAAGGGGGUCCAAAUCCUGCUGGACAGCCUGCUGGAGGGACUGGUUUUGCUGCUCCAACACAACCUACCCCAUUUGGUUCUCCGGGCACAUUUAGUCAGCCUGCAGGAAACCCCUUUUCUUCAUCAACAUCUUCUAACCCCUUUGGACCUAAAAAUGCAACUUUUGGACAGACUGGUUUUGGGUCCUCGUCGUCUUCAAUUUUUAGCUCAUCUCUCAAUGCUUCCUCAUCUAGCCCUUUUGGCUCAACCUCUUCUACCACUUCAUUAUUUGGGGCUUCUAGUGGUUCUGCUUUUGGUUCAAGUUCAUCUCCUUCACUUUUUGGAGGAUCUUCUGCACCUGCUUUCGGUUCUUCAUCCUCGAUUUUUGGUUCUUCUGGAGCUGGAUCAAGUCCAGCAUUUGGUUCUGGCCUCUCUUUUGGGAACACUCAAUCAUCUGGAUUGUUCCAAUCCACUUCAUCGAUUGGGCAAACACCAUCUCCUUUUGGUCAGUCUGCUACAGGAUUUCAAUUAUCUACUCCUAGUUCUGGAUCAAAUCUAUUUAGCACACCAUCAACUGGAUUUGGGGGAAGUUUGUUCACCAAUUCAGCACCAUCAAUUCUUUCAGCGAGCAAUCCUGCUGGUUUUGGUCAAGCAACUCCUUCUCUUUCAACUGUAUUUCCACAAACUGCCCCUUCUCAGGCGUCUGGUAUGCUUUCUUUUGGCAACUUUGGUCAGGCACAGCCAGCAUCUUCUGGUAACUUGGGCAGCACAUCGAGUAUCUUUGGUCAGGGCACCUUCGCACAACCCAGAGCUGCUGCUCAGUCUGCUAUGGUUGUGCAACCAGCACCAGUUACCAAUCCCUUUGGGACACUUCCAGCAACACCUCAGAUGUCCAUUGGUCAUGUGGGUUCUGCACCUUCAAUUCAGUAUGGGAUUUCUACUAUGCCUGUUGCUGAAAAGCCUGUUCCAGUCAGAGUCUCGUCUUUAUUGGCUCCUAGGCACAUGUCUCAGAGAAGGCUUAAGUUGCCACAAAGGAAAUAUCAUCCUAAAAGUGAUGGUCCAAGGGUACCAUUCUUCAGGGAUGACGAAGAAGCGUCCACCACACCUAAAGCAGAUGCUUUUGUUAUUCCACGGGAGAAUCCUAGAGCACUGGUUAUCCAUCCGGUUGAACAGCGGCCUUCAAGAUCUACUACAGACAAACAAUUUGGGCAGAAAAUCACACAUACUUCAGCAAAUGAAAAUGGGAAUCCAGCUGACAACGGGCACAACCAGCAACAAAAUAGCCAUCCUCUGUCGCCAACUAAACCUUCCCAGAAGCAGAAUGGGUUUCAUGCUGACCAUGCAGAAAAGGAGAGUGAUUCAUCGCCCACAACCUUCUCUGGGCACAAGGCACGUGAGGCUGCAGUUGUGUAUGAGCAUGGUGCAGAUAUUGAGGCUCUGGUGCCCAAGCUUCAUCACGCUGAAUAUUACACUGAGCCACGAAUCCAGGAGAUGGCUGCCAAGGAACGAUCUGAGCCAGGCUUCUGCUGCCAUGUGAAGGACUUUGUGGUUGGAAGGCAUGGGUAUGGCAGCAUAAUGUUUGAUGGAGAAACUGAUGUUAGAAGGCUUGACCUUGAUUCGAUUAUCCAGUUCAACAACCGUGAGGUUAUUGCGUACAAGGACGAGGGCAAGAAGCCUCCCAUAGGACAGGGUCUCAACAAGCCUGCCGAGGUGACACUACUUAACAUCAUGUGCAUCAAUAAGAAGACAGGGCUGCAAUACACUGAAGGCCCCAAGGUUCAGAAAUACAAGGAGAUGCUGAUGAAGAAGGCCCAAGAGCAGGGGGCUGAGUUUGUGUCAUAUGAUGCAGUGAGAGGGGAGUGGAAAUUCAAGGUCAAGCACUUCAGCUCCUACGGCAUUCGAGAUGGCCAUUUUAUACACGAUGCUCAUCUGUGAUAUCUAGAUUCCGGAGGAUAUCAUGUCCGCUUUAAGUCUGUGCCCUUUUAAUGAAGGGGUUGUAAGGGUAAAAUGAAAUCGUCUCCUGCAGAGAAACUGGAAGCAGUGCUUUGUUUUUGAGGUCGAGCGUUUGUAGAGUGCUGUAACUUGUGGCAGUUUUUCCUUUUUCAGAAAAAGUUCUCUUUUCUUGGGCCAAGUGUGUUGAGGAGGAGGGGGGGUUCAAUUGGUGAGAAACUGUAUUUUGGUCUGCAUGACACAGUUCUCGAUUUGUUUUUCUUAUGGGGACAUAAUUUGACUUUCUGCAAAAGCUGAGUAUUUUCAAAGAAGCUGGAUUCCAAUCCAA